AUGGGGGUAGGUGAUUAUGUUCACUCUAAAGAAGGUGGACAACCUCCCGGAGUCACCGAUAAAGCUGCUCAGUUACGCCAGCAACGUGCCGAACAGGCCAGAGUCGAGGUUCCAGUCACACCAUUACUCGGCCCGGGUCCUGCCGGUGUCAAUGGUAGAGGUGGCCCGGUAGAUUUUCAUGGAACAUCUCAGUUUCCAAACCAACCCCGCACUCUUCCUGCACAGGAUGCGCAGCGCAGCAGGGACGCGUUCGAUACUGACGUUGAGGCAAUCGACGAUUCGACUGUGGCGGGAACAAGCGUUGACGGAUAUGAUGAUAACAAGUCCCAGGCAGCAUCGAGUACCAAUGCUGCUUACGCCAAUCCUAAUCCAAAGCCGAUGUACCAACACCGGCCUGCACGACAUCCUUACGGAUCUAACUGGUAUGAGGGGCUGGGCGAUCAAGCCAUGCACAAGGCUGGAUUCAAUUCAGAUGACCUCGAUGCCUUUGGAAGUCCGAUACCUUCAUCCGUUGGUGGAGACGAUGAAAACACGGAAACAGGCGACUGGCAUGGGUCGCAUAAACCGCGUACGACCGACGAGCCGUUGAGCAAGCGAUUGGAGAAUUUCUGGUCCGCCAGCCGAAAAAGGACCUCUUCGCGUCAGGCUACUGGUACAGACUCUGAUCCCGAGCGCCAGGCUCAAGCUCCGCCCAAGUCUAAGCCGCGGAAACUGGGUCAAAUGCUUCCCCCUACAGGACCUAGAAAGAUCCUUCUCCCGCACAGCACGUCGGCCACCCCUAGAACACGGUUCAGUCCACCGAAGCCUUCGCUGCUUGAACAGCUUGACCAACAACUUGAUUCAUCUCCUACUCGGCAUAAUUCGCAUCCCCUGCCGGAGGGUGCCAGGACCCUCAGCAUCACAGCAUUCCAGGAGCACAUGGAAGAAGACGGUGGAAGUGAUGAUGACGGUAUGGAUCACACCAUACGCGCCGAUUCAAGACGGGAAAGCGGCGGGCAUUCAACCAAUGCCUUCGACAUGACUAGUUUGACCGAUCUCGACAUCGACGAAACAAUGCACGACCCCUUCUCUGCACACGAGCUCAACGAGCGCUCAAAUAGAGGCCGUCGCAACACUGUUAUCCAUUCCAGAAAACGAUCGCUUGAAGCAGACUACCCUCCAGAGCUGCUUUACCAGAAAUCAUUCUCCGAGCUGCAGGCUGAGCCCUUUGACAAAUCCCCCACGCCCCCGCCGCCUGUUAAAUCGCCCUCCUUACCUCCAAACCCACCAUUUGUCCCCGACACCCAGGAGCCCAAAAAUGCCGUUUCUCACUUGUUGGCUCUGACAGAAGAAGAGCGCCAGACAUAUCUGUCACACAUGACUAUGGAUGAAUGGGAGGACUGUGGUGACCAAAUAAUUGACCGUUUCACCCAUCUCCUCUCCAACAUGAAAAACCUACGGCGCGCCCGUCGUCAAACCGCUGCUGUGUUUGAAAGCGAAAUAAAGCGCCGUCAUGACCAACUCGAAAAAGAAGGCUCGGAAUUGACGAACAAAUUGACCGAGAUGAGAACCGGGGGUGCAGAGGUUUUGCGCGGACGCUAUCAAGCCAACACUGAGUGA